CUUGAGCAGAGAAUGCUAAUUCCUUGAACCUCGAAGAACAUUGAGUCAGUUGAGAGAUCUUUGAAGAAAGUCAACAAACUUGAAGAAUUAUAUUGCCUUACCAGUCAAAUUUACCAUAUGUUCUCAGCUAAAGCGCUUUUUUAAAGAUUUAGGGUCGGUUAUUAUGACUAUUUUCACAAUGAAAAAGUCUUUGAUGAUCAAGGGGUCGAUUUCUUAAGACUGAAAGCGAUCAAAUAAUCUAUCUCUAAAUCCUCAACUGCGUUUGUUUUUAUCUCAGAGAAGCCUACAGCCAACUUCAAAAUAUUCUUACAAAUAAAAAUAAAAAAAAAACGCCUUUAUCGAAAAAAUGGACCUUUUCUUGCGACUUUCUUUUCUUAUUUUAUAUUUUGGCCUCAUUUUGAGUGAAACAACUACAAAUUAUUCUGAAAAUAGCGUUGAUGUUGAAAACAGGCUGAUAGCCCGACUGAAAGAGAAUCUGCCUCGGUUCAUAAAACCCCUGGACUUGACCUACAACGAAGUCCGGAUCAAGAUGGACAUUUACCAGAUCGUAGACGUGAACGAGAGGAACGAAUUGUGGACUACUAAGCUGUUCCUCUACUACUACUACCACUGUCCCUCUGCCAGCUGGAACAGGAGUGAGUACGGGGACACCAGAGUGGUCACAGUCCCCCCUGACACCUUCUGGAGUCCAGACAUCACUAUCCAAAGUGCAGUUCAGAUUUACUUCGACGGCUACGACAAACAAGCCAUCUGGUCUUCUGGUUACGUCAUAGCCAAGUCGACGGUCAUUUCAGCUGUGAACACAUGUCACUUUGAUGUCACCUACUUCCCGUUCGAUAGUCACGUGUGUGAAUUGGAGUUCAUACCUAUGAUUACUCACAACGACAUCUUCUAUCUUUACUUGGUGGACGAGUAUUUAGACCUGGCUAACUACCGCACGAGUGAGCAAUGGGAAAUUGUGACACCUGUAAAAGCCGAGGCUUUCACUGAUGCAUACAGACAUGGAGGCUCAUCCAGGUACACAAUUCUGCGCUACAGUGUGACCUUGAAAAGAAGACCUCACUUCUACAUGAUGGUGUUGGUGUACCCCAUAGUAACCAUCUACAUCUUCUCCGGUCUCACUUUUCUAGUACCUCCCGGAUGUGGCGAAAAGGUGUCGUUUGCGAUUACCAUUCUGCUGGCGCAGAUUGUGGCAUACAGUUCUCUGAGUCAGAUAUUCCCCAGGAGUUCCGACUCCUUUCCCAUCCUCAUUGACUUCGCCAGUAACGUCACAGUGCACGUCGGACUUCUCUGCUGCGUCGCCAUCUACGCAGUGACUCUACACCACAGUAAGUCAAAAUGUAUGAUGGGACCUAAACUUCAAAGAAUUGCCCGCUCCGACUGGGUACGAUUCAUUGGUGUUGAGACAUUUUCAUCCGCUCAGAAACUCAUUUCGAAUUCCGAACCUGAAAAUGGAAAGAAGGAUGUUUUUCAAGACACCGCAGAGGAUUGCAACGGAAUUAAUAAAAUGAAUUUGCGGAAUGCUUCCGCGGGGAUUGAACACCAGACCUCUGAUGUGUUAGAUAAAAAGGAGAUGAAGCUUCUUUGGCAGCAUUUGGCGGUUUUAGUUGACAGAGUUAUGCUGAUACUUCAUGCUCUAUGUGUUUUGUGUGUGUUGACUUACUACAAACUGAAAAUUUCCCGUUGAUUAUCAGACGACAAAUUCUGAAAAAGUGCACUCGAAUUUAGACGAAUAGAAGGUUAAAUUAAAACAAUUUGGCGAUAAGCAUCCUAAUCUCAAUGCAGUUUUCAUUGCACUUUCAUCAAUUCAUAUAAAUCUUGUAGAAUAGCCCUUUGUUUGAUUUU